AUGGACCCUAUUUUGAGAAGUUUAGUUACCUUGUCCUUUAUGAAUAACAUCAGCAGGACUGAUUUGCCACCAUGUAAUUUUCCGGCAAUUUACAAUUUCGGGGACUCGAAUUCAGACACCGGCGGCAUUUCAGCAGCAUUUCAACCAAUACAAGCACCUUAUGGUGAGAGCUUCUUCCACAGACCUGCUGGAAGGCUUUCAGAUGGUCGUCUUCUCAUUGACUUUAUUGCUGAGCACCUGAGACUACCCUACUUGAGUGCCUAUCUAGAUUCCAUUGGCUCAAGUUUCAGGCACGGAGCCAAUUUUGCAACAGGAGGAUCCACCAUUCGUAGGCAAAACCAGACUAUAUUCCAAAGUGGUAUUAGCCCCUUUUCACUGGACGUUCAAAUGAUGCAGUUCCAUCGCUUCAAAGCCAGAACUGAAGAGCUCUAUAGACAAGCGAUAGACUUGUCAGAGAAGAACAAACUCCCUCGUCCUCGCGAAUUUUCAAAGGCUCUCUACACACUUGACAUAGGCCAAACUGACCUAGCUGUUGGUUUCCCCCAGAUGAGUAAUAUACAACUUCGGGCAGCCAUACCAGACACAAUAAACCAGUUCUCUGCAGCAGUUACGCGUCUAUAUCAACAAGGGGCGAGGGCAUUUUGGAUACAUAACACAGGUCCAAUUGGAUGCUUGCCAACAGCCACAUUAUACCUCAGAAAUCCAAAACCAGGUGUUCUUGAUAAUUAUGGAUGCUUAAAGAGCCAGAAUAAGAUGGCCUUAGAGUUCAAUAGACAGCUGAAAGCCAGGAUAAGAACACUGAGGGCAGAGCUUGGGCAUGCUGCUAUAACAUAUGUAGAUGUCUAUGCUGCCAAGUAUAAAUUGAUCAGCAAUGCCAACAGCCAAGGUUUCAUGGAACCCCACAAAAUAUGCUGUGGAUUACAUGAGGGGAACACGCAUGUAUGGUGUGGACAGAAAGCAAUAGUGAGAGGUGCAGAAGUGUUUGGAGGAGCUUGUGUCAACCCUUCAAUUUACAUAAGCUGGGAUGGAGUACAUUACUCGCAGGCUGCUAAUCAUUGGAUUGCCAAUCAGAUACUUAACGGCAGUUUCUCUGAUCCUCCCAUUCCCAUUACUCACGCUUGUCAUAAACGUCUUCACUAUUAG